ACCCCCCGCUCGGCGCCGCCAUGUUCAAGGUAAUUCGGCAGGGGGCUGUCCCUGUUAGCCUGAGCUUGCUCUCUAUCCAGGUUUAUGCUUCUUCCUCAGAGAAGGAGACUUCCAAAAAGGAGUUGCUGAAAAUUGAGGAGCUGUCACUCUACUCCUCUCCAGCUCGUGAGACUAAAUAUGUGGAGACUCCACAAAGCCAAUUGGAAGAGGGGGUUUCGCAUUUACGGCAUAUUAUGGAGCCAUACACAGCCUGGUGUCAGGAUCUUUAUGCCAAAGCUAUGCCCACGUUAGAAAAAGCUGUUGAGCAUGGUAGAGGGGGCUAUGAAUUUCUCCAAAACCCCCCUGCUGGAUUUUAUCCAAGGCUUGGUGUAAUAGGUUUUGCUGGAAUUGUUGGGUUGUUUCUUGCUAGAGGCUCAAAAAUAAAGAAGCUGGUGUAUCCUGCAACUCUCAUGGGUAUUGGUGCCUCCAUGUAUUACCCUCAGCAAGCUGUUGCUAUUGGAAAGGUUGCUGGUACACAGCUGUAUGAUUGGAGUCUUCAGGGAUAUAUUGCUGUAGAAUCUCUUUGGAAGGAUAAUCCUAAGAAGAAGAAAUCUGGUGAAAAAAAUAAUAAGGGUGAUGCAGAUGGUGACAAGCACCUGGAUAUCCACACUGCUUCAAAUGAAGAGCGGGCCCGGAAGUAGAACACUACGUCAUUGGCAUUAAACAGGUGACUAAAAAAAAAUAUAGAUAUGAACAACAGUUUCCCAAGAAAAAGAGGAAAACCACCUGAAUACAUUUUGAUUUGGAAUGUAACUGAUCUGCCUUCUGCCUCAGGAAAGACUGAUGGUGUGCUGCUUGGGCUUUUGGUAUGGAAUGUGAAAGGACAGUUCAUAUUUUGGGUCAGUCUUUGAGAUCUUGUCCUCAGUUCUGCAGGGGGACUCUUUAAAGUCUGCUGCUGCUUGUCUCAUUGUAGGAUUAGCACUGCAAGUUGCAAGUCUCAGAAUCCCUCAGUCUCUUGUUAUUAAUUUAUAUACAAAAUAAAA